CAAUAUUCGACCGUACGGAGAGUGUGUCGUCACAACCAAAAUUAAAGGACCAAUGCAAUCGAAACCAGACCGUCUCACCUCGACAGACAUCUCCGACGAGCUAAUCCCGGGCCUCCCCAACGACGUAUCUGCCACGUGCCUGGCUCUGGUUGGCCGGUCGGGGCUCCGGGACUUGGCCAUCGUUAGCCGGAGAUGGAGGUCGUUCUUGGUCGGCGGCGAUUUACAGGCCGUUAGAGAAUCUCUAGGACUGGUCGAGGAGCUUCUCCACGUGCUCGUCUCCACCGGGAAUCGAAAGCAGUGGAACAUUCUAGAUUCUUCAGGGAGAAUUGUUGGGAUUCUUCCUCCGAUGCCCGGUCCGAACAAGUCCGGUUUCGGAGUCGCCGUUCUCGGAGAUAAGAUUCUCGUCGCCGGUGGAUUCUCUGUCAUCGCCAACAGGAUAUUCACUGCUUCUUCCGAUGUGUUCCAGUUCGAUCCCUGUCUGAACAGUUGGUCCAAGUUGCCGGAGAUGAACGAGGCCCGCUACAGCUUCGCCUUCGCAGCGGUCAACGGAAAAGUCUACGCCGUCGGAGGCUAUGGCCGUGACGGCUAUGCGCUCUCCACCGCCGAGGUGUACGACCCACGCGCCAACCGGUGGACCUUCUUUCAGGGGAUCCAACGCCCUAGAUACUCCGCUUUCGCCUUCUCCUUCAAUAACAGCCUCCAUGUAAUGGGCGGACGAUCAACCACCACCGUCGGAUCCGCCGAUUGUGUAGAGGUCUAUGACCCUGAUACCGACACGUGGCGUGUUUUCAGUGGACCAUGGCGCAGCGCGAUGGUGACGGGCUGUGUCGCGGUGGGGAACCGGGUCUUUUGUCUGGACUGGAAGGAUCCGAAAGAGAUCCGGGUAUUUGGGCUGGAGAAUUGUUCGUGGGAGAGUAUUCGGAUCCCGGGUGGGUCGAAUUGUGUCGGGCACGUGCUCGGGUCCAUGGAUGGCAAGCUGUUGCUGUUUCCCAUGGAACCGGGUGCGGAUACGUUGCGUUAUGACCCGAGUGUUGGAUCCGGAUCCGGUUGGGAUACGUGUGGGAUUAGGCCACCCGGAUCUUGUUCGGCCUCUGUGACGACGAAGGCGUAACAAAAAGCUGAAAAAGCAAAUAAAUAGUCUUUAAAAUAGUUUUUUUUUGUUCUUCGUUUUAUGUAUUUUUUAUGAGUGAAGGUUAUA